AUGGCAAGUUCAACAGCACGAAAAACUAAACGAUUUUUGUUUCUUGGGCCCACUGGAGUUGGUAAAUCGACACUAAUCAACACUAUCUUCAAUAAUGAUGUAAAAAAAACGUCCAUGUCUAAACCAGCAAAGACGUCCGAAGGCUCCGCUGGUGCUACAACCUAUUUUACAACAUAUUAUUAUUAUCCGAAUUAUGCUUUUACAGAUACCAUUGGUUUUGGAGAUAAUAGAUUUGAUCAAAAACAUGUUUUCGCGAUGCUAAAGGCAAUUAUUAAGAAUUCCAUGGUCGGUUACAAUAAGAUAUAUUUAUGUAUCAGUUAUGGUCGAAUUUCUAGUGAUAUUCGAUAUUAUAUUGAAUUACUAACAGUCGUGUUUGGAAAGCGUGUCCUGAAAUGGUGUACGAUCGUUUUUACGCAUUGUAAUGAUGAAAAAAUGACGAAACAAAAAUAUCUUGAAAUCAAUAGGUGCGAUAGGGAUAUAGUCCAGAUGAUAAAUUCAGUACAAGAUGUCAUAUUUGGUGAUAAUAUGAGCGAUGACAGUGUAGAUUAUGUCUUUAUUCCAAGAAGACAACGCUUGCUGGACAGUUUAAAAGAAGAUAUUGAAAAAUGCAAUAAUGGUUGUUUUUCGCCCCAACCUGAAAAUUUUCGUGAAUGGGUCGUUGCGAUUUACAAUAUUAUUAUGUCUAGAUAUGUCAAGCAAAUAAAAACAAAUUUUGACGCAAUUCAUCAGAUUUCGUUGGCGAUUGUGGAUUUGGGGAUGCAUAAAAAUUUUUCAAAUUAUUACGGCGAAUGUUCAAUAUGUUUGGAGGACAUGUGGAGCACAGAUAGUGUGUUCACAAAAUGUCAUCAUAUUUUUCAUGAAACCUGUAUAAAUCGAUGGUUGAAUGACGGAAGAAAUAUUUGUCCGCUCUGUGGCACCACUGUCGACAGCAGAAACACAUUUUUAACAUCAUUACUUUUCGAUUGGGAAUGCAUCGAAGAAACUGAAGUAAAUUAA